UAUAAAAAUCCAACUUUUUUGUCAGAAGAGCAGUGGGAUUGUUGAAUUCACAAAUAAUUGCAAUUAGCAAUAUCACGGAGGUAAAAUACGCUACAAACACAAUGGCCGACGAAAGCAUCACGCGAAUGAACCUCUCGGCCAUCAAGAAGAUCGACCCGUACGCCAAGGAGAUCGUGGACUCGUCCUCGCACGUCGCCUUCUACACGUUCAACUCGGCGCAGAACGAGUGGGAAAAGACGGACGUCGAGGGAGCCUUCUUCAUAUACCACCGCAACGCGGAGCCCUUCCACAGCAUCUUCAUCAACAACCGACUGAACACCACGUCCUUCGUGGAGCCGAUCACCGGCAGCCUGGAGCUGCAGUCGCAGCCUCCGUUCCUGCUCUACCGCAACGAGCGCUCCCGCAUCCGGGGCUUCUGGUUCUACAACAGCGAGGAGUGCGAUCGCAUCAGUGGCCUGGUGAACGGUCUGCUCAAGUCCAAGGACCACGGUACCAAUGGCCAGGUCCAGCGCCAUGCCCCCGCGCCCCAGGACAACAACCAGCCGGCCAGCAUAUUCAACAUGCUGAGCAAGGCGCAAAAGGACUACAAGGCCCAGGUAAGCGGCGGCCAGCCGAAGACGCCAUUGACGGAGAACGUGACGGCCGGCAAUGUGCUGAAGUUCUUUGAGUCGGCCAAGCAGGCCACAGCGGAUUCACUGUUCCAUCGCGUCCAGCCGCUCUCCGUGGACCAGCUGGAGAAACAGCAGCGGGCAGUCACACCUGGCGAGGAUCUGCUGCCCUCCGCGGGCAGGGACAACCACGAUAGCCGCUUGUCGCCCUUCCAGAAGGCCCAGCAGCUAAACACUCAGCUCCUCAGUGAGCUAAAGAUCGGCAAGAGCUUCGCUCCGGCACAAUCUCCGACCGGUGCCCCGUCUUCGUCGGCUUUGAUGGCCAACGACGAUGCCGGCAAGUGCUUGCGAAGAUUGCUGGCUGGAGACAAGCCCGGCCCGGCCCUGAUGCCGCCUACCAUGUUCGAUGCGCCCAACAACGGCAACCCGGAGCCCCAGCAGCCCCUCAACUCGACGCAAUUCGUCCAGGCCUUCACGUACCUUAUCCAGAACGAUAAGGAGUUCGCCAACAAGCUGCACAAAGCCUAUCUCAACGGCUAUUCCAAUCUGCUGCUGGAUUCCAGCCCCACAUAUCAAUAAACAGAAAUAUUCAACAUUUCCGAAA